AUGGCCCGUGCUCAGAUAAAUUGCAGUGAGGGCCUGUUCGACAAACCACCAAUUCUCUGUCUUCAGACAACCAUGGCAACUAACGACACAGAGAAGCCCCUGCUAGAACCAGUCACCAUCCGCAAGAACCACCAGCGGUCUCUUUCGGGACAACUCAAGGCCAUCUCAGCACCCAUGUCACCCAAACAGAGGUUCCUCAGCACCUUUGGACUGACGGAUGAUUCGACCAGAGUGGAGAUCAGUGGAAACGUGGAGGUUGUUGUGGAGGAAACCAGCACUGAGGAGAUCACCGCCGUGGCUGGGAAGGUUGAAGAAGAGGACGAAUCAAAGCCUGGGGACGUACCCGAGGCAGAGGAAGUCGCGGAGGAAGUCGCGGAGGAAGUCACCGAGGCAGAGGCCGAGGCGUCCAUGACCACCAAGAUCAUCUCCCAGGACGAGCCAGUGGUUCGACCAUGGUUCUUCUACGAUGCUCAGGUUGAUCUGUAUGACCCGUUGGCUGAACUUCCUGCCGCCCAGGCCCAAGCUGUGUCUAAUGCACAGAAGGCUACCGGAACCACUACUGCACAAACAGCUGCAGUAGUGGAAUCGCUCAGGGACACAGACGAAUUGCCUCCGCUGAAGCCGCCCGUGUUUUCUGCGCUCGGCUAUACUGGCAACUUGGCACCUGACACGUCCUGGAGUGCAUUUGCUCCUGCCGAUAUCAAUGCUCUGGAAAAGGCGUAUGGCAUCUAUUCGGCCGAUAAGACUCCUGGUGUCAACGAAGAUGACUACCCUGUGAACAAGUCUGAGAUUCACGAAGAAGAUGACUGCAAGGGCACCGAGGAUCCCGAAACUGUGGUUGGAAUCAACCGUCUCUAUAUUGCAAAGUUCUCUCAAGAGGGCCAUAUCUGCAUGCCUCUUUACUGGCGCACAGUUGGAGACGUCUGUAACGUGCGCCGAAGCACGUGGUUCUUCAGAUCGACUCUUGGACCAGUUGAGAGAUCCCUAGAGCGUCAUCUAGAAGAAGCCUUCCAAUCAAUCAAGCCUUGGACGUCGGAAUACGUUGAAGAGCUUGAAGCUGCCAUCUCCAACCCCGAGGCAGAGUGCAGAUUCAAACACUCUUUCACCUACAAGGUCAAGGAUGGCGCCAAAGAUCCUCCCAUUGACGUGUCUGUGGUGUUUUCUCCCUGUGCUAUGUUUGAAGGAGAGACAGAAGUGACUCCCAAGGCCCACAUUCUGCUGCCCAGUUACUUCAAUCUGUUUGGAACUGCUCCUAGUACAGCACUGUUGGCUACCUCUCUUCUCAAGGGCAGACCUCUUCCUGGAUCUCAUGUUACCUUACAGAGAUUCUACGAUUGGGACGAGUACAAGAAGUUCAAGACCCUUCCCGACCGACAAGUCGACGCACUCGAUCACGAGUAUGCCAAGAUCAAGCAGCUCAUCUUUGUGCUUCAUGGCAUUGGUCAGAAACUGUCUGAGAGAGUGGCAUCUUUCACCUUCACUUUUGCCAUCAAUCAUUUCCGAGUGUUGGUCAAGGAACAGCUCAAGUCGCCCAGAACCAAACACUGUCUUCCCGAAGACCGUCAGGAUGAAAACUCCAUUGCUAUUCUGCCCAUAAACUGGAGAAGACUUGUUGAUUUUGAAGAGCUGGGCUCUAUGCACCGAGAAUCCGGUUCUUCAGGGUACUCACUGAAGGAUAUUACUGUCAAUUCCAUUCCCUCCGUGCGAGGGCUCAUUGGAGACGUCCUUCUCGAUAUCCCCUACUACAUGUCUCAUCAUAGACCUCUUCUUUUGCAUGCUGCUGCCACAGAAGCCAACCGAAUAUACCGCAUUUUCUGCAAGCACAAUCCUGGGUUUGAUGGAGAGAACGGCCAUGGCAACGUGCAUAUUAUUGGCCAUUCUCUGGGAUCUGUCAUUGCUUUGGACCUGCUUUCUUUCCAGCCUACAAAGGUGGAAAAGGAUGAUUUCCAAGACGUGGAGACGCCUGACGUCACCCUGGACCUCAAGGUACCUCCCCUGUUCCAGCGAAAGACACACAAGAUCCCCAACUUUUGUUUCAACACUUCAAAUCUGUUUCUGGUCGGUUCUCCAGUUGGGUUCUUCAUGCUUCUUCACAACGCCAAUUUCAAGGCUCGAUCUGAGGAGAAUGGACCCCAAUACGGAUGCCUGGCCGUUAAAAACCUCUACAAUGUCAUCAACUUCUCCGAUCCCAUUGCCUAUCUCCUAAAUCCCACUGUUGAUACUGACUUGGCUGAGAAUAUUGAGACAGCCAAUGUUCCCACAGAAAAGAACUUUCCCUUGGAGGGAGAAGACGAGUCGUGGAUCAAAUUCCCCGUCAAGUUCCCCUUCUGGAGUCCCUCAGGAACCCCUUCUGUGGAAGAGAAGGAGUCUGAUAAGGGUGUUAAGGCUGUCAAGGACCUCUCUGAAGGUUCCAAGGAUGCCACAGACACCAAAGACCUCGAGGAAUUCUCUGCUUCCGAAGUCAAGGGGUCUCUGAAACCUCGGCCUAGAUCAGACUCCACAAAGUCCGACAAAUCCAUGUCUUCUCGACUUUCUGGCAUCUUCAGCAGCCGUCCCAAGUCUCCCCUUUCGCCCAACGCCCGUAAAACCGAGCACAAAAAGAGCCCAAUGGCCACCUCGGGCCCCUUCUCUCCCCAGGAAGUUUCUCCCAAGGACGAGGUGCCCAUUUUUACACCCACUCCUGUGAAACCUAUGAAUGCUAGUGUGGAGAUUGGUGGUUCUCUGAUUGGAGAGGGCAAUUUGACUUCUUCGCCACCCAAGUCUAUUCCUCUGCAGAAGCGAGACUUUGCUCGGGAGCAUCAGGCCGAGCAACAGAUGCAGGGUCUCAAUGAUAACGGUCAGAUUGACUGGAUUGUGCCUCUUACCGGAGCUCUGGAGAACCAGUACGUGUCCAUGAUCACUGCUCAUUCCAAUUACUGGGACAACAAGGAUCUGGCUCGAAUGUGUGCGAUUGAAAGUUGUCGAGAGCCCGGUCCUGAACACACUAUUGAGCAGUUCCGAGUGAAGAUGAAACCUCGAGCCGCAGAGUCGGAGGAGGCGGUUACAGAGUGA